UGCCCCAUCAUUGGUGUCAGUGGGAGGAAUAUUUGCCCCAUCAUUGGUUCAGUGGGGGGAAAUAGUGCCCCAUCUUUGGGUGUCAGUGGGAGGAAUAGUGCCCCAUCAUUGGUGUCAGUGGGAGGAAUAGUGCCCCAUCAUUGGUUCAGGGGGAGGAAUAGUGCCCCAUCAUUGGUGUCAGUGGAAAGAAUAGUGCCCUCAUUGGUAUCAGUGGGAGGAAUAGUGCCCCAUCAUUGGUGUCAGUGGGAGGAAUAGUGCCCACGUUGGUGUCAGUGGGAGAAUAGUGCCCAUCAUUGGUAUCAGUGGGAGGAAUAGGCCCCAUCAUUGGUGUCAGUGGGAGAAUAGUGCCCCAUCAUUGGUUCAGUGGGAGGAAUAG